GAGAUGUUUUGAGAGUAUAAAUUAGGGGCUCCAUCAAGGUGAAGGCUGCAGAUCUGCUUCGAUUCCCCUCCUGGGAAAUUCAGCCGAGAGCUGGACCAAGCUUCUCCUCUCGCACCAUGCAGCCCUGCUCCUCAGCCCUGGCCUUGCUGCUCCUGGCUGCCUGCACCCUGCCCACCAGCAGCUCCCCGGCUGAGCCCAGCUGCCUGCACUUCCCUGAGCUCCUGCCUGCAAAGCUGAAGGAGCUGAGGAUGAAGUUUGAGGAGAUCAAGGAUUACUUUCAAUCAAAAGAUGACGAACUUAGCAUCCAGCUGCUCAGCUCUGAACUGCUGGAUGAUUUUAAGGGGAGCUUCGGGUGCCAGUCGGUGUCAGAGAUGAUGCGGUUCUACACGGAGGAGGUCCUGCCCAGCGCCAUGAGGACCAGCACGCACCACCAGCAGAGCAUGGGUGACCUGGGCAACCUGCUGCUGAGCCUGAAGGCGACGAUGAGGCGCUGUCACAGAUUCUUCACGUGCGAGAAGAGGAGCAAAACCAUAAAGCACAUCAGGGAGACAUUCGAGAAGAUGAAUGAGAACGGAGUCUACAAGGCUAUGGGAGAGUUUGACAUUUUCAUCAACUACAUCGAAGAGUACUUGAUGAUGAAGAGGAGGAAGUGACAACGCCUGCGGGUCUGCACCUUGCACACCAAACCCUGCUGGUUUGUCAGGGAUCAC